AUAAUAAAAAUGAAAUAUUUUCACACAAAUUUCCGUAUCGCAAUCCAAGUAUCGAGAAUCCGAUAACCUAAUCUCUCUCACACAGUCACGCACUAAAAAUCUGCAAACCCCUCUCGACAGUUUUAAACCCCCCACAGCCUCCACCGUCAGAGCCGCUUGUUGCAACCAUAAUGGCAUCCGUAGCAUCAGUUUCCAUGGAGAUUGCCUCAAAUUUUAUGGGAUUGGCCAGAAGCCUCUCUUAUCCAAUUUCAUCUGUGAAAACCACGCAUUUCUUCAGCAGAAACAGGCAAAAAUUCACUGUUCAAAAUCGGAAGUUCGUGGCCUGCACUAUUUCUGAUAAUUCAAGAAUUGUAUGCUCGUCGAAGCAGCCGAAAAGGCACUUUUGCCGCAGAUUGACGGUUGCCUCCGCCGCCACCUCGGCCUCAGAAACUGAGGAUUCUGGUGUUGUGACCAAAAUCCCUCCUGAUAAUAGAAUCCCAGCUACCAUUAUUACUGGUUUCUUGGGUUCUGGAAAGACUACCUUGUUAAACCACAUCUUGACUGCUGAUCAUGGGAAACGCAUUGCAGUUAUUGAAAAUGAGUUCGGUGAGGUUGACAUUGAUGGCUCCCUAGUUGCUGCCAAGGCUGCUGGAGCAGAGGACAUUAUGAUGCUCAAUAAUGGAUGUCUAUGUUGCACUGUUAGGGGGGAUCUUGUUCGGAUGAUUUCGGAACUUGUUAGUACAAAGAAAGGGAAAUUUGAUCACAUUGUUAUUGAGACAACAGGAUUAGCAAAUCCAGCACCAAUUAUUCAGACGUUUUAUGCUGAGGAUCAACUAUUUAAUGAUGUUAAACUCGAUGGAGUGGUCACACUUGUUGAUGCUAAGCAUGCUGGUAUUCACCUCGAUGAAGUUAAGCCUGAAGGUGUAGUCAAUGAGGCAAUAGAGCAAAUAGCGUAUGCUGAUCGCAUCAUAAUAAACAAGACUGAUCUUGUUGGCGAACCUGCGGUUGCUUCUCUGGUUGAAAGGAUAAGGGGCAUAAAUCGUAUGGCUCAACUCAAGGGAACACAAUAUGGGCAAGUUGAUUUGGAUUAUGUUCUUGGCAUUGGAGGCUUCGAUUUGGAAAGAAUUGAUAGUGCUGUUGACGUGGACCACUCUAAAGAAGAUCAUGAUGGUCAUAGCCAUGAGCACGACCAUGAUCAUGACCACGAGCACCAUCAUCAUGGUCACGAACAUGACCAUAACCAUAGCCAUGAACAUCACGGUGAGCAUCACCACGAUCAUACACACGACCCCGGUGUUUCUUCUGUUAGCAUAGUAUGUGAAGGGACCUUGGAUCUUGAAAAGGCCAACAUGUGGCUAGGCAACCUAUUGUUAGACAGAAGCGAGGACAUAUAUCGAAUGAAGGGUCUUCUAUCCAUUGAUGGCAUGCCCGAGCGAUUUGUUUUUCAGGUAAUAACAAACCCUAGUGAAACUAUCUACUUCGCUCUACUAUAUGCGUCUUCAAUCUUUGAAAUGAUGGGUUCUUGGAUUUUUAACCAAAUUCCUCUACUGAUACCAUUUUGCACUAGCUUAUAUAGUUUUAUGUCAUCUAAUUCGUGUGUCGUCAUAGGGUGUCCACGACAUAUUCCAAGGUUCACCGGAUAGGUUAUGGGGCACAGACGAAGCGAGGGUAAAUAAGCUGGUGUUUAUCGGGAAGAAGCUCGACAGGGAGGAAUUGGAGGAAGGCUUUAGGGCGUGUCUGUUAUAGUUGUAAGGAAAGGAUACAUCCAUGUUUCAAAAUAAAACAACUAUUCUAUAGAGUAACAUUAAACUUUUCAUGAUUAUUUGUGUUGCUAUUUACUAAA